AUGGCCGCCAUCCAGCUUAACUUCACUCUCCGCACUUCCGCCAACUGCAAGACCGUCCACCUUCUUGGUUCCUGGGACGGCUACCAGGGCCAGCUUCCCCUUUCCAAGGACCCCAAGAAGACCGGUGGUUGGGUUGGCUGCUUCAAGUUCCAGGGUGCCACUCUCAAGCAGGGCCAGCGCUACUGGUACUACUACAUCAUCGACGGAUACCACGUCUCCCACGACCCCGCCAAGGACCACACCACCGAGCCCACCACCGGCCGCAAGCUGAACAUCAUCGACAUUCCGUCUAAGGCCGCCGCCGCUUCGGUCAAGUCCUCCCGCGACUCCCGCCGCGCUUCUCAGAACAUCCCCAAGGGCCGUGGUGUUUCCCCCAGCCGCAUCGUCGCCCCCAAGCCCCAGCGUCCCGGCCAGACUCGCCAGGUCAUCAACACCCAGUACAACCAGACCACCCUCGAGCAGCUCAACCGCCACUUUGCCCGCCAGGACAUCAACUCCGACUCCGAGGAUGACUCCGACUCUGACGCUGACUCCGACGUUCCCUCGCUCACCUCUUCGCGCUCUUCCGACAGCUCCUCUCCAUCCAGUGUCAGCUCUGGUAGCUCAUGCUGCACAUGCGAGCGCUACGGAAUCACACGCAAGGGCGACCGCGUGAAGCUCGACUGCGGAGGUGCCCGCUGCUCGUUCUCCGAUGAGUCGGACGAGUGCAGCUCCGAGGACGAGUACGUCUACGAGCAGAAGCAGACCCGUCGCAACGGUGUCAUUAUCCGCAACUAA